AUGAACACAAUCUCGCCUCCUCCGCAAAUAAAACGCCUAUCAGGCCCCAAACGCUUCUUCGGCAUCCUCGUGGGCAUAACCGGCGGUCUAGGUGCCAAUGCCCUUCUCGCCUACUCGGUAUCCUCCUUCUACACGCGCAACACCAAAUUCGUCCCUUACGACACCUCAUCGCCUGAUCUCGCUACCAGCGUCUUCCGCGCGCACAACCCCCACGGAAACCCACCCGUGUGCAUAGAUCAUGCCGUAAAAGAGGUUCCGUAUGGCAAGCUGCCGGAGAAGUACUGGGUAAAGGGUAGUGGGGGCAGGAUAUCUGUCGAUCAACCGGCAUUGGCGACGGAUUUCUGUAGAGGCAUCUGGAGCGGUGUUGCGUUCAGGGUGCAAAGAAGAUUUUUGGAGAGAAAGUACCGUGCGAUGGAGGGCAGGGAGAAGCAGCUCUGGGAUGUGAAGCAGCUGGAGAGGGACGAUUACAAGGUCGGCACUGGCAUUGUUGAUCAUUUCGAGGUUGUCCAGCAUACAGAUGAGAAGGUAAUUGUGCGAUGCGGAGAUUCACCAUUCGUUGCCGACCACCGACCUUCAGACGGCCUGUUCUCAAUGGAGGUCUCCAAAGACGACAAAGCGCAGAUCGCUACCUUCCACCUCAAGUCUGUUUUCGUAGACACAACCCCAGACGGCAAGAACAACCAACCGCAACCUGGCGCAAUCCAGUGGCUACAUAGGUUGUACACAAAGCUCUGGAUGGAGAGUGCGACACGAAAGUUGAUCAAGGAGGCAUAA